AUGUCUGAACGUGGAACUCACGAACCAUACUUCGGGUAUAACGCCCUGGUCGACUAUUUACAAAUCUAUAAAAACGCGUCGUACCGCAGUUUUCUCGAUCUUAAUAGAGAUGUAAUAAUUUCUUCGACAACAAGUUCUAGCUGGAAUUAUCUUGAUAAUCUUUGGGCUGGUCGUUUUUUGCGUGAAGCAAGAAAAUUAGGAGCUAUUUUGGAUGAAAAGAAUUACUGGGCUUGUUUGCUUGAAGGGGACGAAAUAGGAGAAUAUGAUUAUAAUGAUCCACCACCGUCAAGACGUUCCGUAGUAUCAUCUCCGUACCCUCCUUCAUCAAAACGUUCAUGCAGAUGGUUGAGGCCAUACUGGGAUGGUAUAAUUAAAGAAUAUAAUAAGAAUUUCGCUUUAAAAUGUUUUGCAUAUAAAAUUAUAAAUAUUAUGAAUCCAGAACAAAUUCCCGAAAAUUAUCAAAAUCAAACCAUUUGUGAAAUAUGUAGAAAAGAAAUAUCUCCCCAAUUUCCCGAACCGAUAACCAUUUUAACAUGUAAACAUAUGUUCCACCAAAAAUGUCUUAAACCACAUUGUCCACUUUGUCAAGAUCCCGAAGAACAUGACCAUUGUGAUGAUAGCGUUGGUAGUUCUGGAAGCGGUUAUGGUAAUGAUGCCGGUAAUGGCAUUGGUACUGACCCUCAUCCUCCUGGCAGUUCUGAAGUUGUUGAUAACAAUGAGCAAGAUGAUUAUUUCAGUUUUG